AAACAUCCCCGUUGGGUGGUGUCCAUCCUCAUCGUCGUGUUGUGCUGCUUCAUCGUGCUGGAGAACCUGCUGGUCCUCAUCUCCGUUUGCCGCAACAAGAAGUUUCACUCGGCCAUGUACAUCUUCAUCGGGAACUUGGCUUUCUCCGAUCUCUUGGCCGGGUUGGCCUUCAUGGCCAACAUCUUGCUCUCCGGAGCCACCACCUUCAACCUGACGCCGGUGCAGUGGUUCGUACGGGAAGGCACGGCCUUCGCCACGUUGGCCGCCUCCGUCUUCAGCUUGUUGGCCAUCGCUAUCGAGCGCCACGUGGCCAUCACCAAGGUCAAGGUCUACAGCAGCGACAAGAACUGUCGGAUGGUGCUGCUCAUCGGGGCUUGUUGGGUGAUCGCCGCCGCCAUCGGCAGCCUCCCCAUCAUGGGUUGGAACUGCAUGAGUGACCUGCGGGAUUGCUCCACCGUCCUGCCCCUCUACUCCAAACGUUACGUCCUCUUCGUCAUCACCAUCUUCACCCUCAUCCUCCUCACCAUCGUGGGACUCUACAGCCGCAUCUACUGCAUCGUGCGCUCCAGCCACGCCGAGAUCGCCACCGCCCAGACCCUGGCCUUGCUCAAGACGGUCACCAUCGUCCUGGGCGCCUUCAUUGUCUGCUGGCUACCGGCCUUCAUCAUCCUCCUCAUGGACGCCUCCUGCCCCGUCCGGGCGUGCCGGAUCCUCUAUAAGGCGAACUAUUUUUUUGCCUUCGCCACGCUCAACUCGGCCGCCAACCCCAUCAUCUACACGCUACGGAGCAGGGACAUGCGCCGGGAGUUCCUGCGGGUGCUCUGCUGCUGCGGGGCCGGGCGCCGGGACCAGCCCGCCGGCCGUUGCGGGCUCCCGCUCCGCACCUCCAGCUCGCUGGACCGCUGCACCCCAAAAUACGAGUUACCCACCUCGCCUAUUACCCGUGACUGUACCACCUCCGUCUAGGGGGUCCUGGCCGCCCCACGGCCGCCCCACGGCCGGGGCAAUGGUACGAAGGGAGGAGCGGGCUCGGGGUGGGCGUUUUUCCAGGUACGGAUGGACAACUGCACCUUCAUCCCGGGCAUCCCCCUCCCACCCCGGGCAUCCCACCGGGCAUCCCCGACCCCGAGCAUCCCUCCCGGCAUCCCCGGCUGCCGACUGGGCGGCGAUGCCCGACGCUCCGGCCGGGAUUGCCGGUGACCGGCGUGCGCGCGCCGGCCGUGUGCGCGGGCGCGGGCACGCGUGUUGCUCUUCCCACGCCCUGCCCGAGCCCCGGGGCCCCCGUGAGACCUGUCGGACGGGUCCCGGGGCCCCUCCCCGGCACCCGGCUCCCUGCGGCACCCCUGGCGCCAGUGGCAAAUCCUCUGCCCCCGGCUGCUCCCCGGCACCGUGGGUGGCUCUGACCGCUGCUCCAGCCGGGGGCAGGAGUUGGCGGCGGCGGUGGUGGUGGUGGGUGGGGGGGGGCUUUGCCAGGAAAGCCGGGUCUGGGGCGCUCGCCGUGGGGGGGGGGACGACACACGAGGCGUACGGGGACCCCCGCGUCCUCCCACCCCGCUCCGCGGUCCUGCCGCGUGCUGGCGCGCGGAGAAGGGGGGGGGCCCCGUUGCGGCCGGUUCCGCCGGGACCCCAGCCCGUCCCUGUGACCCCACCCAGGAGCCCCCCCCCAUCCCCAGUGACACCCCCCCCACCCUCCCAGGGGCGACGGUUGUAUUAAAACGG